GAAUAUUGCACAUAGUGGACUGUGUUGCAUUCAACACGCUCCCUCAGACGGGUGUUCAUUUCAAUCUGCAGCACAGUAUCCUCAAGUCUGAACUCUGAUGAGGGUCACUUGCCAGAGGAAGAUUUUUUUUUCUGCCUCACAUGUUUUCUUUUCUUUUCUUUUUUUUUUUUUUUGACUUCCUUCAUGGGCAGAAGCUGGUGUAAGUGAAACCAGACACGAGCCAGCAUGUGAGGCGUUCACUGCUGCAAGACUUCUUCACAGAAUGGGAAACAGGAUGAAAAAGAAAUCCUAGGUGAUCAGGUUCAGGUACUUGUUUUUAUCAGUUUGGAAGUUAUUAUUACGACAAAGGGGCCAGAACGUUAAGAUUCAGGAGGUUUUCCACAGAUCAGGCUGGACAGGAAGCUUUGUAAGGAAAAAACUUCAGAAUGGGCAAAUGAGUAGUUUUUACAGAUUUUAGCGAGAAGCUUGAAAGAGCAACAUGAGCUGGAGCUUUCUCACUCGCCUUCUGGAAGAAAUCCACAACCACUCCACGUUUGUGGGCAAAGUGUGGCUGACUGUUCUCAUCAUUUUCCGUAUUGUGCUCACUGCAGUUGGAGGCGAGUCCAUCUACUCGGAUGAGCAGUCCAAGUUUACUUGCAACACCAAGCAGCCGGGCUGCGACAACGUGUGCUACGAUGCCUUCGCUCCACUCUCACAUGUGCGCUUCUGGGUCUUCCAGAUCAUCAUGAUCUCCACUCCUUCUGUCAUGUACAUGGGAUACGCCAUCCACAAGAUAGCCCGAAGUUCGGAGGUGGAGCGCAGGAAGCAGCAGAGACUCCGUGAGAAGCCUCCGCCGCACUCCAGAUGGAGAGAAAACCAUCAUCUGGAGGAGGUCUUGGAGGAAGGAGAGGAUGAUGAGGCUGAGCCAAUGGUUUAUGAGGAAACACUGGAAGUGCAGGAAGCAAAGCCCGAACCUGCGAGCAGGUCUAACAGACAGCCGCAAAAACACGACGGACGAAGAAGAAUUAUGCAAGAGGGCCUGAUGAGAAUUUACGUUCUCCAACUGAUGUCUCGGGCUGUUUUUGAAAUCGCCUUCCUUGCUGGGCAAUACCUCCUCUAUGGUUUUCGAGUUAAUCCCUCCUACGUGUGCAACCGAGUGCCCUGUCCACACAGAGUGGACUGCUUCAUCUCCAGGCCCACUGAGAAAACAAUCUUCCUCCUGAUUAUGUAUGUGGUGAGCUGUCUUUGUUUGGUGUUAAACGUUUGCGAAAUGCUUCAUUUAGGGAUUGGAAACCUCCGGGAUACUCUUCGCAUGAAGAGACACCGGGGCCGACGGCCGUUCUACGGCUACCCCUUCUCCCGCAACAUUCCUGCCUCUCCGCCAGGAUAUAACCUGGUCAUGAAGACAGAGAAACCCAACAGAAUCCCCAACAGCCUCAUCGGCCACGAGCAGAACAUGGCCAACGUGGCCCAGGAGCAGCAGUGUACCAGCCCUGAUGAGAACAUCCCCUCUGAUCUCGCAAGUCUACACCGGCACCUGCGAGUUGCACAGGAGCAGCUCGAUAUGGCAUUUCAAACUUAUCAAACAAAAACCAACCAACCAACUUCCAGAACCAGCAGCCCUGUGUCUGGAGGCACCAUGGCAGAGCAAAACCGAGUCAAUUCGGUUCAGGAGAAACAAGGAGCAAGGCCAAAAACCAGCGUGGAGAAGGCUGCAACCAUGGGGAAGAACGGAAAGAGCUCUGUCUGGAUUUAGACAGCUAAGCGCUUACCAACACCUGCAACUGUACAGCAACACAGCUGGAUUAUAAGCAUUCGAAAUUCAACCGUGGACAACGACAACAAACAUUUCAAUCAAACUAGCUGAACAAUUAGAGUAGCGUAGGUUGAAAGGUUUUGCUUUUAAGACAACACAUGAAGAAUUCUCAGAUCUAAGAUCACAAAUCUGUCACAUCACCAUAGUGAGUCGUGUUACACCGUAGAUAUUGGAUAGUUAACAUAUGUAAGCAUAGCUAAUUUAGCCAUAACAAUAAAAAAAAAGAAAUGAAACAGACUACGUCCAUUAUCAUAUUAUAAAUGAACUGGAUUCAUGAAAACAUGGAGGCUCUGUGGUUCUUUUUUUUUUAAUUCAAGAAUUCAAGGUGAAAUGAAAUAAAAUGCGGUUGCACAAUAACUUAGUUCUGAAGAAAGACUUAAGAUGCAUGUUUGUCAUCACUACAUAUCUUCCGUUAUUGCCUGCAAAGUCAUUAUAGUGAAGCGGUCAGACAUAAGAUCUUGCUUAAAGACCCACUCCAAUGAAAUGUGUGUUUUUUGUUGUUUUUAACAUGCUCUUGUGGUAUUUUCCUCAUGAUGGAAGACAAAACAAUUUAAGAUUAAAACUUCUUUUCUGAGUACUUCUUUGUUCAAAUCAGAAUCAGAGAAAACAUGUUUGAAACAGCUUUCUUUAGUAAAGAGGGUGGGCCAAAGUCUCCCUCCCUGUUUCGCUUCAUUCUGAUGCAUCCACUUACAGAAAAAUAGAUAUGGUAAUGCCUUUGUUUUACUCGUCUGAGGUGGAAUCUUGCUUUACAGCCGUAUGGUUGGAUAGCUCCGAUAUUGUUCGCCAUUUUUGUUUCAUCGCUAAUGUUAGCUUAGAGUUGUAAGGGGCUGUCAGCUGGCAGGAGAGAGUCUAAACAAAAGGAUGAUGGGAUAUCAGUGGAGGCUUACUUCCGCGUCAGCAGUCCCGCCUAUAACUCAGGGGGGAAUUUCUAAUGAACUCCUGGCGCGUUGUACCAACUUUGUCCAACAAAAAAACAGUUUUCUUUUUAUUUUGCCUAAAAACACCAUAAUCAUAAAUAAGACACCACUGGGAACGCUUUAAAAAAAGAUCAAAAUGUAGUUGGAGUGGGACUUUAAAAUGAAAGAAUUUGCAAUUUGAUGCUAAUUCAAAUUAGAUGCAAUGGAAAUAUUUCGAUUAUCAUUAGUUUGAUCAAACAAAGUUGUCCAUUUUACGUCACAGAUCGAGUCACACUUGGCAAAUUAGUUCUAUCUUAUCCUGCCUUCACUGUUUUCACAUCUUAAAGUGCCUAAAACAUUUACAGACUGUUGUGUUAUUUUCUUUAUGAGAUGAUGAAUGAGUCGUUCAGUUCAUAUUUCCUGCUUUAUAGGAACUCUCUGCUUCCCUGAUCUAACGCGGUAACAGUAGUGUCUCUGAAAUAGUCUCAUCAAAACAGUUGUUUGCAUCAGUGCAGUUAUAGCACACAAAAAGCCGAUUUUUUUUCAGACUCAUUUCACGCUGUUUCAUAAAGUCAACCUUGUUCAGAAAAGUUAUUUAGUAAAAACAUGAUCUAAGGAACAUUUCCAUAGGACAAAAGGAGGCGGAGUCACACUGACUAAUAAUAUGAGGGAAACAAUGAUGCAAAGCAUUUCUUUGGGUUUAACAAAAUGGCAUUACAGACAAGCACUUUAAAAUGAAAAGCUUCCUUUUUUUCUAAAAAGUCAAGAGAAUUUAGUGUACAUAGACUGCCUUCUGAAGAUUUCUUUUUUUAAAUAAAUGAAGUUAUUGAAAUCUGU